AUGUCUAGGCCUUCAAGUGUAACCGUUGCAUAUGAAAACCAAUAUUGGGAUACUCAUCGUUGUUUGGAUAAAUAUGUUGAUAUUUUACGCGAAAUUGAAUCUAUAAUUAGAGAUUUCUAUAAUAAAAAACCUCAUAAUUUGGAGGAAUGCAAAAAUAUACUUGAAACUGCAAAAAAUAAAGAAAAUGAAUUAAAAGAAUGUUAUGAUAAAAAUCUUUUAACUCUCUAUUUAAAGAGUUCUCAAUACGUAAAUACUUUUUAUAAAAAAUGUGAACAACAACAUAAAGAUCCUAGAAGUCCCUUAAUUCCUUCAAAACAUUCCUCUGAAGGAGAUCUAGAAUCAAGUCAAAACAGUACUAAAGUAGAGAAAGCAAAAGGAGAUGAAACACUUCAGUCACAACUUGUUGUAGGAACAUCUGAUGGUCUCGAUAUGAUUCAAGAUGGAGUAUAUGAAACAAUAUCUGCUACUAAUCCGAGUUCCCAUGAAUAUAUACAUUCUCCAAAACAACCAUCAUCUUCUUCAGACCAUUCCAAAUCUACUGGCUUACCUCUUCACCAAAGAGGAACUUCAUCACAAUUAAGUCCUGCAUUGGUACCUCACAAAGAUGACACCCCUGUGGAAAAUACAGUACGUAUACAUCAUAAUCAAAGUGAUAUACCUACAAAGUAUAGUGUGUAUGAUUCUCGUGAUGCUCAAAAUGUUUAUGGAAAAGAUGUUAAAGUUGAAGAUCUUAAAAUUAAAUUUGUUCUUCCUCAGGCUCUUGAUAUUGAAAAACAUAAUCCUAGGAUUCGUGGAAAUGAUGAUUCUGAUGGUAAAGAUAGUUCUGAUAAUUUUUCUACUGAUAAACCUAAUGAACAUGAAGGUGUUCAUUAUGGCACUGAUAUUUUUGUAACCAAUAUUGGGAGGCUUUCUUUUGAUAAUACUCCUAACAUAGAGAAACAGGUAUCCCCCUCUCAUAUAUGCACAUAUAGUACCAACUUCAUCUUCAAAAAAAUUACAUUAUCCCCCGAAAAUUAUAUCCCAUGUAGAGUAUACAUCUGCGUAAUAAAAUUUACAUAUUUUUUCAAUUUAUUAUUAAAUUAA